UGGACGCGCGCGGCGGAGGGCGAAGGGCAGGCCUGCGCCGCCGUAGACGCUGGGACGCUAGCUUGCUCCUUCUUUUUGACGCUAGCAAAUGAUGCUGUUUGGAAAAAUUUCCCAGCAGCUCUGUGGCUUAAAGAAACUCCCAUGGUCAUGUGACUCCCGAUACUUCUGGGGCUGGUUGAAUGCAGUGUUUAAUAAGGUGGAUCACGACCGCAUCAGGGACGUUGGUCCUGACAGGGCGGCGUCAGAGUGGCUGCUGCGCUGCGGGGCCAUGGUGCGCUACCACGGCCAGGAGAGGUGGCAGAAGGACUACAACCAUCUCCCAACAGGCCCUCUGGACAAAUACAAGAUUCAGGCGAUCGACGCCACUGAGUCCUGUAUCAUGAGCAUUGGAUUUGAUCACAUGGAAGGCCUACAGUAUGUUGAAAAAAUAAGACUAUGCAAGUGUCACUAUAUUGAGGAUGGUUGUUUGGAGAGACUUAGCCAACUUGAAAAUUUACGAAAAAGCAUGUUGGAAAUGGAAAUAAUUUCAUGUGGGAAUAUCACAGACAAAGGUAUCAUUGCUUUGCAUCAUUUCAGGAACCUCAAGUAUUUGUUUCUAAGUGAUCUGCCUGGAGUAAAAGAAAAAGAAAAAAUUGUUCAAGCCUUUAAGACAUCACUGCCUUCUCUGGAGCUAAAAUUAGACUUGAAAUAAAAUAAUAUUUCAAUAAGUAUCUUAAUUCAGUGUUAGAGUAUCAUUUUAAAUUGAUCUUUAACAGCAAUAAAUAUUGUAUAAUUAUCAGAACUAUAAGGAUGUUAUGACAUUCUAGCAGAGUCCAUCAUGUAGAAAAUAAACAUUCAGAUGUGAUUCACUAAAAUUACUAAGUUGUAAGUAAGAAUUUAUGUACACUAAAUCAUAUUAAGUGCAAAUCAGAUACCCUUUUAAUUUUAAUAUAUUAUUUAUUUUAUAAUGGUAUCUAUAUAAAUAUCUGAUAUAGAUACUUAAGUUCUUUAAAAUUAUUUAAAUGUACAGUACAGAUAUUUAUUUUUUGACAGUAAUUUGUUUCAUUUUAAAGUUAUUGAAGCAUGUCACUAUAAAUGUACAAUUAUGAAAAACUGAAAGCUAAAUUUCAGAUUCAUUGAUGGAGUCAAUUAUGCAUCAGAGGUUAUUGGAGCAUUCCCAUUUCUUCCCAGGAUUUGUAUGCAUUUCUCAUGAUCCUGCAUAUCUGUGCUCUUUGUAACAUACAUCCUUUCUCUGAAUAAACAGUUUCUGGCUAAUUUGUCUAGUCUGUAGGCUUAAUCUGGUGUUUUAUUAAAACUAAAUAUAAAUACUUGGCUGGAUUUAAACAACUUUGCUUAUUCCAAUAAACCAGAGGAAACAAUGAUGAAGACCAGCACAGCUUUACCUAUUUUUUGCUUAAAUUUAAAAACUGCUUAAAGAGGAAAAAUUUAACAUGUCAAUUAGAAUUUGUAUUCCCUCACAUAUGUUGGAUAGUAUUUCCCAUGAGUAUGAGCACAAAAUUCACUUUAUGUCUAGAACACAGUAAUAAUGAAUAUCAUAAAUAGAUAAAAUCAGAUCUUCAUUUUUACCUGUUUGAAAUGGCCCUGAUUCUAUUAUUGUUAGUUAUAUACCAACUUGUUUGUGGAUGUCUGUAUGUUUGAACAUUAUUCUGUUGGAUAUAACCUUGACUGGGGAUAGUUUUAAAAUAAACACUUUCUGCGAUGCA